AUGCUGGCGCGAAAGGUCAUGUGGAGACUGCUGGUUGUCGCAUUGAUCAGCUGUGUUGCAGCUGGUGGCUUCCCCGACUAUCCAAAGGCAACUCUUGAGAAUCGUGGAGAUGCCUGGAGGCAGGUUGCGUUGUUUUUUUUGAAGCGCCGCCUAUCGUUCUCCAAUUUUCUUUGGCAAGUGACCAGUGGCAGGCUUCCGCGGGUUCUCUUUGCUGACUGGACUCAGCCGGGAAUGACGAAACCACGGGCGCAAGAUCGCGAGCUGGUUUGGACAGUUCCAGAUGCCGUCUUGGACUUGAUUCCAAUGAAGAUCCGCAAAAUCCUUUCGUGUGACAAGGGUCCUUUACGGGUCGUGCGAAACUUGGAUGUGCUGGAUAUGUUCGGCGGUCGGGCUCGGAUCAGUCGCUGGGCGGAGCUUCUCUCGCUCAAACCGGCUGCCCUGGACCGGGACCACUCCCAGCACUUGGACUUUCUGACGGACGGUGGACUGGCCAUAGCCAUCGUGAGCCUCCUGAGACUGCGACGGAAAGCACUUGCAUUCCUAGGGCCCCAGUGCUCGUCAUGGGUAUGGCUGAGUAGAUCAGUCACGAAGCGUUCCGCUGGCAACCCUCUCGGUGAUUCCAGCGUCCAGUGCGUGGCGGACGGCAACCGUCUCAACCAGAUCUGCGCGCUCUUUGUUACCAUCUGCUACCAUUGUGGUGUGGAAUGGUGCGUGGAGCAACCAGCAUCAAGUCUCUUCUUUCAUACCCGAGUCUGGCUAGCCGUGAUUCGUGAACAGAACCCGUUCGAGAGGUUUGUUCACUUGAAGCAGUUUGGACAUUCGUCUACCAAGAACACUCUGCUCGUCGGCCUGCCGCAAUUGCUGGCAAGCAUGGGCAAGGAACUGAGCGCUAAGGCCAAGCGCAGGGGAUGCAGAAAGAUUAGGAAGGCACCAGCAAAAGCCAAGGCAAAAGCCAAGGCAAAAGCCAAGGCAAAAGCCAAGGCCAAGGGCGAGAACCAGCCAAAGGCCAAAGCAAAGCGCGCUGCCCAGGCAAAGCCGGCAACGUCAGGGGCCAGCUCAAGCAAACAGGGCCUUGCAAAAGUUUCCUACCGAGCUGACGGGAAGCGUCUGGUGUCGGGGAACCCGGCUGAGUUAAAGAAGUCGCAAGAGUAUCCUGUCAAGUUUGCCUUGGCUAUUGUGAAAGGGCAUUAUCCGGAGGCGAAAUAG